AAUGAACAUUAAAAGACCAGACACCGAAAAGUAAUACAGCAAUAGCGGUCACAAGAGUUUUAAAAUAUGUAAUCCAUACAUUUUGAAACAUAAGCCAGAGAGAUAAAAAUAGGAUAUCUUAAUAGACUUAGGCUACUUAAUGUUUUAGAAAUGAAAACGUUUCCUGCACUUAGUUUGUUAAGAUUUUGGGGGGGAAAUAAUAGUCAAACUGCUAUUUGCGUCUACUGUUCUAAGCUUAAACAGAGCAUGACAAGUAGAACGAUAUGAAACUAGAUGUUGUUCACUUCCAAGUAAACAGGAAGUACGGGUUGCGAAAUGGUCUCCUUUUGCUCUCCUUCAUAAGUUACCUUUUUUAAUGCGGUAGUUAAUGAGCAUCAAAUACAAUCCCGGAAAGCAUACAUGCACCAUUUAUAUAUCUGGCAAAUUCAUGCGAACGUCAACGGAACUUCGCAGAAGUACUUUAAUCAUGUGUGAUAUUUUAGGUAAACAACCUAUGGCUGAAAUUUCAGCAAAUGCUUGUCAAUGAAUAAUCUAAAUUAGCUUGGUUUGUUGUUCUUAUUGGCUACUUUAUUAGCUUGCUGCCACCUCCACGUGAGCGCAGCGCUUGGCGACCAUUCGCUUUGGAGAGUCGCACAGUCUUGGCAGCGCGGAGACGCGACGGGACGCCGCUGCAAUCAAGAUACUUAUACUGUGUAUUUUCUAGAUUUCAUUUGGAUUUAACCAGGCAGCUGGACCAUACUGUACAUUUAUUUUAGCUUUAUUUAUUAGUAUCUGCUUAUUCUGCACCAAAAAAUAUGUAUUCUUUGAAGUCCAUACGUGUUACUAACUUGGGGGUUUUAGAGUUGCUGGCAAAAGAUGCGUCAAGAAAAGUUUUGCAUCGGUGUGGCAACAGAAUUUUAGGGAGCCGAUUGUAUUGUUCGAAACCUCAAAAUAAUUUAACUAAGGAACAAGUUGGUUUGGACCGGGACCAGACGCAUUGCCAAGAGAGCGUAGCCAGAUCGGGUCUCAGCCGCAAAUUGGAUGACAUGCUGUUCUACACAAUCAGCGAGGGAGAGGAGAAGAUGCCAAUUUCCCGCUUCAUCUCUGCACUGAAGAACCACGGCCUGCUGACCUCUGACCCCCGCCUGCGGGACUGCAUGAAGAACCUCCGCAGUGCCGUGCAGGAGUCCAUCGGUGAUGUCAUGAUGGACCGGAAGCUCUUCCAGAAGUGUGUCGGUGGAAAUAUUGUCCUCCUGGCUCAAGCCUUCCGGAAGAAAUUCAUCAUCCCUGAUUUUGAGGCCUUCGUUUCCAACAUCAAUAAAAUCUACCACAAAGUCCAAAGGCUGGGGGAAGGGCAGGUAGCUGACUACAUCCCCCACCUGGCCAAGUUUAGCCCCGACCUCUGGGGUGUGUCCCUGUGCACAGUGGACGGGCAGAGGCACUCCGUAGGUGACACCAGGAUCCCGUUCUGCCUGCAGUCGUGCGUGAAGCCUCUGGAGUACGCCAUCGCCGUGCACGAGGCCGGCACGGAGAAGGUGCACCACUACGUGGGCAAGGAACCCAGUGGUCUUAAGUUCAAUAAGCUGUCCCUAGACGAGGAAGAGAAACCUCACAACCCCAUGGUCAACGCUGGCGCCAUAGUCAUCAACUCCCUUAUUAAGCCUGGUGCAAACAAAGCAGCCAAGUUUGACUACGUGAUGGAUUUCAUCAAUAAGAUGGCGGGACGGGAAUAUGUAGGAUUCAGCAACGCCACCUUCCAGUCAGAGAAGGAGACGGGAGACAGGAAUUAUGCCAUUGGAUACUACCUCAAGGAGAAAAAGUGCUUUCCAGUUGGCGCCGACAUGAUUGAUGCUCUAGACUUUUACUUCCAGGUGGUCGCCCAAUGUGCCGUGUGGGGAUCAGAGCCACGCGUCGGCUCGCCUUCCUUCUGGUGUCCUGUUCAGGCUUUUCUCUGUCCCCUCCGCCCUCCCCAGCUGUGCUCCAUCGAGGUGACCUGCGAAUCGGGCAGCGUGAUGGCCGCCACGCUGGCUAACGGGGGCAUCUGCCCCAUCACGGGCGAGCGGGUGCUGAGCACGGAGGCGGUGCGCAACACGCUGAGCCUCAUGCACUCCUGCGGCAUGUACGACUUCUCGGGCCACUUCGCCUUCCACGUGGGAUUGCCUGCCAAGUCUGGUGUGUCGGGUGCGGUGCUGCUGGUGGUGCCCAAUAUCAUGGGAGUCAUGUGUUGGUCACCCCCUCUGGACAAGUUUGGGAACAGCGUCCGUGGAAUCCACUUCUGCCAUGAGCUGGUGUCCGUGUUUAACUUUCACCAUUAUGACAACCUGAGACACUUCAUCAAGAAGUUAGAUCCACGUAGACAGGCGGGGGAUGACUGGAACAAGUCCGUGGUCAGUCUGAUGUUUGCGGUGCACAGUGGCGAUGUGUCUGCGCUGAGGAGGUUCGCACUGUCAUCAAUGAACAUGGAGCUUCAAGAUUACGACUCUCGCACGCCCCUCCAUGUGGCAGCUGCUCAAGGUCACAUGGAAGUUGUGCUGUUCUUGACAGAGGUGUGCAAAGUCAACCCUUUUGUGAAGGAUAGGUGGGGGAACGUUCCGCUGGAUGAUGCCCUGCACUUCGGCCACGAGCGCGUGGUGAAGGUUCUCCAGCAGUACCAGCUUGUCUACAGCGAGCAGGAAUCUUCAUCCAAGGUGGAGGAUCAGGAAAAGCUUGCGGCUGUGAAGGGGAUAGCCUGAGGCAGGAUGCCGCCAGGGAAGGAGAUCCAGCAGAGCCCAAAGAGGUGGUUUUUGGCAUGUUAUGGAGACUAGUUAUGGAAGUUUGUGGAACUGAGGAAAAAUCCUAAGUUAAAUAGCUCGACAUAAUUAUCCUCCAAAUGCACACUAACUAUUCUGUUUAUCAAGUAACCCUUUGCCCUUGUUCUCUUUCGCUGUGCCCUGCUGUUUGGGCACCCUCUAGUGGACACCCUUAGUCUGCUCCAAAGCAACGAGUGGCAAUAUUUUCUGGAGCAUGUGUGUCUUUGCACAGGAAUGAUCAUGGGCAUGUGCAUAGCAGAGGAUAGGAGUAGGACAGCAGAGGAUAUGAUGUGAUGCCGUUUUGAUGUCACGUGACGUAUCAGAAAAAUCUUCGUAGUAUUGGGUCGUCAAUUACCCUUCAAUGCGUAAAUGUGCACACACGUUCAGAACGUGACACUCUGGAUCAGAAACUGAUUGUGCACCGAUGGCCAUGUUCUGAAAGACUUUGAAAAAAAGUAUUUAUAUUCUGGACAUUCAGACAGAGCCUUACCAAGCAUUAUUUAUUAUGCAUUCAAGCAGAAGAGUAUAAAGUAUAUAUUGAUUGAUGUAGUACAAUUAGGUCUGCCACAUGUUGUGCUCUUAAAGUGCUUGUUACACUUCUAUUCUGACCAUUUGGUCUAUUUAUUUAUCAUAUAGGGGGUAACUUCAGUAUUAAUGUGAAUGAGCCCAACAGCUUACUUACUGCAUGUGACUCAUCCUGCUUUUUCACGCGUACGACCUGAGCCGUCGUCCCUAAAGCCACAGCUGAAUGAGACCUGGUUGGGCAAGAUCUCCUCAAGGCCGCUUCAGCAACGGCGGCCGUCAGCCCGCUGGUGUAAAUAAACGUUUGCUUUUUGUUGUUAUUAUUUAAUUUUUUAUUUUUUUUUUGCUUGAGCAAAGCUGGAGGAAAAUUCCGGUCUGUGCUUGAAUAGGUAACAUCCCAUGAUGCGAAGGAUGGUAAAUUGUGUACAUGUUACUCAAAGCUUAAGUGGCAAGAAGACAUCAUUCUUUCAUUCAGUCGCUGUUCGUUUCAAUCCAGUCUAAUAGGUGACCUUUGCGUUUUAAAAAGGCAAUUCAAUCCAUUCAAAAAUGUGUUGUGUAUAUAUAUUCUGCCAGUGUAAAUAAAGGUUAUUGAAUGAUUA